CUCAAAUUAAUUGUCUCAUAAAAUAAAAAACUUUUAAGUUAAAUAAAUAAUCUCAAAACCCCGUGCUGCACGAGUUUCUCCCCCUUUUAUCACCAUUUUUGCACCUUACAAACCAUCAGUCAAAGCCGCACGCGCCCACGCACAUCCCCUCACCUCUAUGGCCAUGGCUAAUUCCCUGUGCUACCCCAGCCCGCUCCAGAUAAAAUCCCCAUCGGAGCAGAAGCCCCAGCUGCAACUACCCGGGGCGUGCCUCACGCGCCGCUCGCUUCCCUCUCUGAGAUUCACGCCGGCGGCGAGGCCCUCUUCCUCGACCGCGCCGGUUUUUGCGGCCGCUUCCGCCGGCGCAGUUGAAGCCGAGCCGAAAUCGAGAGCUGCUACACCCGCGAAGGCCCUGCCUUUUCGCGUGGGCCACGGGUUUGACCUUCACCGGCUCGAGCCGGGCUACCCUCUCAUCAUCGGCGGCGUUGAUAUCCCUCACGAUCGAGGCUGCGAGGCUCAUUCAGAUGGUGAUGUGCUGCUGCAUUGUGUGGUUGAUGCAAUAUUGGGGGCGCUCGGGCUUCCGGAUAUCGGGCAGAUCUUUCCGGACAAUGAUCCUAAAUGGAAAGGCGCACCAUCUUCCGUUUUUAUGAAGGAAGCCGUUCGCCUAAUGCACGAGUCUGGCUAUGAACUAGGUAAUUUGGAUUCCACUCUGAUUCUGCAAAGACCAAAGUUGAGCCCUCAUAAGGAGGCUAUCAGGGCAAAUUUAUGCGAACUACUUGGGGCUGACCCUUCUGUCGUGAAUCUAAAGGCAAAAACGCACGAGAAGGUUGACAGCCUCGGGGAAAAUAGGAGUAUUGCUGCACACACAGUCGUUCUUCUUGUGAGGAAGUAAACGAUGACUUGUUCCGCUUUUCAUUGUAUUUGUACUCAACAUCAAUUACCAUACAUUUUACAAUAAACACGGCUAUUUAAGGUCAUUAUGAUUUUACAGUCGAUAAACAAAUAGGUGAUACAAUUGCACUUUGUAAAUCUUGGAUCAUGACAUGAAAUUGAAGAUCUAUCUGUGCAGGGUUUGGUUUUGGGCAUUGUGUAUACUGAGGUGAAACUGCUAGUGUGGAAUAGUUAAAGGGGUUCUUUGAAUGUGAUUAUUGUUGAUAGUCGAUUUUUACCGACAUAAUAAAUAAGUGCUUUGAAAUGUAAAAAUAGAAAUAUAUAUUGAGCACUAUAUUUUUAUUACUAAUUCUACAUUCAGG